AUGUAUCCUGAUUUGUAUAAGGGGCUGAACUUGAAGCAGGAAGACCUGUCGCCAUACGAUUACCCCAUGGUCAGCUUUGAAGGAAAAAUCGUUAUCCCGAAAGGCAUGAUCAAGUUGCCUGUGCAAACAGAUUCAAACGUGGUAGAAGUGAGCUUCAUUGUCGUAGAUGUAUACUCACCCUACACCGCUACUGUUGCCUGGCCAUGGAUUCAUGCACUAGGGACUGUGCCGUCAACCUUGCACCAAAAAGUGAAGUAUCUUUCAGGAGAUCGGAUCAUGGAAAUAAUAGGGAGCCAAGAAAUGGCUAGGCAAUGCAUGGUGUCGGCAAUAUCACAACGUCUUAGUAAUGAGCCCUCCACUUCAGCCGAGAGGGACUUAUAG